GUAAGACGGCUCUACGUAUAACCUUCUAAAUACUCUUAGAUAUCCGGACGAAAUUUAACAUGACAUUCUUAAAACUAUUAUUAAAUAGUAGUAUAAUAUACAUAACCAUAAUAGCAAUAGCGACUCCUAUCGCUAAUGAAGAAUCAAAAAUCAAAGGAGUAGAAACCGAUGAAGAAUCGAAAAUCGCAAUGCCCAGUGUAUUAAACAACAAAUCAAGCAAUAUAUCAGAUUAUAUGUUUCCAAUACAUUAUAAUAUAAAGAUAAUGUUAGGCACUGAUUAUCUUCAUAGCGUAUGCAUAAUCACUUUAAAUAUUUCUUAUGCAAAACGAUACAUAAGAUUUUAUGUACCGGAUGCAACAUUUAUAGUGUUCUCAAAUCUUACAUUAAAUCAAAAUAAUGAUACGGUUUAUGAAGCAAAUCACACAAAUAUUAUUAAAAACAAUAUUGUCGUGCUCGAUUUCGGUGAUGUCUCGUUUCAUGGAAUAUACGAUUUGUAUAUAGAGUACAUAAUCUCAAUUAAUAUCGUAAGGGAAUCUUUCGGAACUCCAUACAUAAACGAAAAUGAAGAAAUAGAGUGGUUAAUCGCAACAGGAGUCCAGCGAAGAAACAGGUAUCAAACUAAAAAACAGCAAAUGUUACCAUAUUGGGACAAGCCAAAAUUAAGAAUUACUUUUAUUAUUUCCAUAAUACAUCAUCCAAAAUACAAAGUUUGGUCAAAUAUGCCGAUACGAGAUAUUGAAUUGACGGACGAUAAUAUGACAUGGACAUUUUUUAACGCUACUCCUUUAAUCUCCAUAGAUAGAGUAGCAUUUCUGGUAUCCAGUUUUCGUCACAUCAUCUUCUCGAAUAAUGAAACAAUUCGUUCGUCCAUAUCGUACAGACCACAAUCGGAACCGUAUUUAAAAUUUGCGAAAACUUUUAUUUCUUCCAUCAAUGUAUACAUGCAUACAUGGAAUAUUCGGAACAAAAAACUUGCGCCGCUAACCUCUGUUUCAUUUGAGAACAAAAUAGAUCAUGUCGUAAUUCCGGAUUUACAAAAUGAAAUUGAACAGACUUUUGGUUUCAUUUUUUAUCGAGAAGCAGAUAUCACUUAUAAUGAAGAAUUAGAUCCUGUCGCAUACAAAACGAUAAUUGCACGCUUAAUUGCACGUGGGAUGAUACAAAAAUACAUUAGAAAUUUGUUCAGACCUACUUACUUAUGGCCUAAUACAUGGUUAAACGAUGGAUUUAAUAUAUUUUAUUCAGUACUCAUUAUCGACAAGGCUCUGCCAAAUUCCCGAAUGAUAGAUCUGUUUGUAGUUCAAAUUCAACAUGAAUUACUCUAA